AUGACAGAAUCUUCAUGGAAAACUGUCCCGGCACCAAUCAAAGCUAUUUUUGAUACAUUUCCCUUAAGAACCUUCUCUGAGGUGCCCAGCUCCACUCCUGCUAGCGACCGUCACAUUGCCGCCCGCACCCACGCCUUCGUGGGCGCCAAGCCCUCCAGCACCAGGGCCGUCUUGGGUGUCUACGGAUUGCACGAGUACAAGACCACGGGACGCUUGUUAGCCUCAGAUCCACUUUGCUUGUCCCAACAGUUGAGCUUCUGCCAGCGCAACGGGGUCAAGGUACCUACCAAUAUAUCUCUGGCUAAAUGUACUACGCAAUCUUCAGGAAUUGCCACACCUUCUUUGUCUUCAGUAAUGGUUUUAUCCCACCACGCGAGCGCAGAGUCCGAGUUGCCGAUUCUCAUUGAGGAGAAGCAGGGACGUCGAGUGGUGCGUGGCUUCAAGACUAUCCAGGCGUUCAACGCAAGCCAUCUCAAGGGCCAGGACGUGAUGUUUGCACAGUUGAUUGACUCCACCGUCUAUGAUGCCUGGAUGAUACUCGUUCUCUUUUAUCUUUCCGAUGAAACCCGAUUGCGCGUGUACAACGACGUCACUGACGCCUCCUGGUUUUCCCGGAUAUCCGUUUUCAACAGCAUGGCCAGCUUGGUAAAGCGCAACGGCUUCCAUUUGCGGCACCCGAACUUGGCCGCCCUCUGGGAUGAGCGUGUUCGGCAGCGGCUUGUAGGACGAGUGACUCCGGCGCGGUUUGACGUCCAGAUGGAGGUUGCUCAGGUGGUGGAGCACGCUGACCGUGCCUUGGCAAAGUUGAACGAGUAUUUGGGCGACAAAAAGGGCUUUGCCGAGACACCUGGUAUGGUUGAUUGCAAGUUAGCCGGGUUGGUUUACAGCUUGAUUCGUUGGGGGACGGACGACUUUACUUUGACUGAAACGGUGAAGGCAACGUAUCCCGCGUUGGUCGCGCACUGCGAAUGGGUUGUGGAGGCGUGCGUGUAA